AUGUUUGAUUGCUGUCUGAACCAUUCCCUUCAUUUUUUCUUCUCAUUUACAGAAAAGCAACAUCAACCACUCCUCCGUGGAUGCCAAGAGGAAGGUGUGGCUAACGCGAAGCAGUCUACUUCAAAUCCAGAAAUGGGUUCUACCUCUCAAGGAGAGCGGAAAAGAAAACGGUUAGCAAGUGAUGAAGAGGAGGAAACUUUGCAAUUUCAAUUGAUUGAUGUCUUAGAAAGAAAUGGCAAGAUGCUAAUUGCUCAACUUGAAGCGCAGAAUAUUAAUUUCCAGAUGGACCGUGAGCAGAGGAAAGACCAUGGUAGUACUUUGGUUGCUAUGCUUGAUAAGCUCGCAGAUGCUCUAGGGAGAAUCGCUGAUAAAUUAUAG